GGCAGCGCAAGAAAAGACCAGGCUGCAUGGGCGACUGUGUGGCUUUGUUGCCCGAAGGUCUCCCAAGACUCUGCACCAUCUCACAGGAGCCAUCCAAAGCGGCGACCACCCCCAAAAAGCUGCUGCCAAACAUGGAUGAAGGGAAUGGGAUCUCUCCUUUGCCCGAAAGGCAGUUAUUGGAGCAUCGGGAAUUCAUAGGACUGGGCUAUCCAUCCUUGUAUAUGUGCAAGCCCAAGAGAGGUAUGAAGAGGGACGAGAGCAAGGAAACAUACAAACUGCCACACAGAUUGAUAGAGAAGAAAAGAAGAGACCGGAUUAAUGAGUGUAUUGCUCAGUUGAAAGAUUUAUUGCCUGAGCAUCUGAAACUGACAACACUAGGGCAUCUGGAGAAAGCUGUAGUUUUGGAAUUAACUUUGAAACACUUAAAAGCUUUAACAGCCUUAACAGAGCAGCAGCAUCAGAAGAUAAUUGCUUUACAGAAUGGGGAGAGAUCUUUGAAGUCUCCUGUGCAAUCUGACCUGGGUGCUUUCCAUUCAGGAUUCCAGACAUGCACCAAAGAAGUCAUGCAGUACCUCUCCAGGUUUGAAAGUUGGACUCCAAGAGAGCAGAGAUGUGCUCAGCUCAUCAACCACCUGCACUCUGUUUGCACACGGUUCCUCCCCAGCCCCCAGCUCCUGACUCCAAAGAUUUGUGCAGGCAAAGGACCCUGCCCCACCUCCUCCACCUCUUCCUGUGUGCAGCGAGAUCACACUGGCCCAAAGCUGGAGAGCCAGCCAAAUUGUGUGCCAGUCAUUCAGAGGACUCAGAAUGCUAGUAGCAAGCAUAAAUCCAGCCACCAUCCGAUGGGUCGUGUGGAGCUUGGUGGGGAGAAUGACACGGAUACAGAUAGUGGCUAUGGCGGUGAGUGCGAGGGAAGACCGGAAGGGGACAAAAGGCAAGGCAACCUGAUGGUCAAGCAGGAGCCCGCUGGGGAUGAGGCACCUCCAGCAGCCAAAAGGCUGAAGAUGGACUGCAGCAGCACCUCUUCGGCAGUGUUGAGCCCAGACCAAGCAGCAGCUGGUUCAGCCCUUCUCAGCUCCCUGGUGGCUUUUGGAGGUCUGGGGGGAGGAGGAUCUCCCUUUGCCCAACAACCUGCUGCUCCCUUCUGUCUGCCCCUCUGCUUCAUCUCCCCCUCAGCAGCAGCUGCCUACAUGCAGCCCUUCCUGGACAAGAGCAACCUGGAUAAAUAUCUUUACCCAGCAGCAGCAGUUGCUGCUGCUGCUACUCCCAUUCCCUGGAUCUAUCCAGGGAUUCCAGCUCAGGUUGCUGCUGCUGCUGCUGCGGCCUCGGCCUUCCCCUGUUUCUCCUCAGUAUUGGUACCAGGAGAGAAAGCCAGUUUGGCCUCAGCAAUGUCUACUGAUGUGGCUGUUUCUGGCCAGCACCUCCCCCACCCAUUUACCUGCAACCCAGCUGGGCUCAGUGGAGACAUGGAGCUCCCUUCCCACGAGCAGCAUUUGCAGUCUGCAAAGGAAAAUCCUUGAGUGAUGCUCCAUCAUUUCUAAAGGAAACCACACAGUUCAUGCCUCCUACUUGACAGGAAGGAUCCAUCACUCCCAAGAAUGAGAAGCAACCCUCACCCCACCCCUGUUUCUUUGUGUGUUUAAGGGAAAGCUUACUAGGCUGACAGGUUAUCCUUUUUCUUUUAUUAAAAGACUAGGUUCUCCCUUCCCCACAAAUAUUUUUGGAGAGCUCCUU